CUUUUGGUCUUAUUUCUGUUUCAGAGAAACACAUAAAUAAAGUUUGUCACAUCUGAGAAGAUGUCCCACAUCACCGACAGGAAUGUGACCCAGGACUGAGCCUUGCAUUCAAAAGCUGAUUGUUGUUCUCCAUGCAGACACAUGAUUGAAACGCAUGGUGACAAUUUCAAGCCUUUACAGCUCUCAUCUGCAUGCUCUGAAUCUCACAGGCAGUCAGAAGAAGCCACAGCACAUCUUCCUUCCCCAUGUCCAUCCACUCUGUCUUCUUUAUUUUUUCUACUUGAGGUCCUCCAGUGAUCUCCAGUGAGAGGACCAGCAGAUAUGGAAAGAAAAAAUGUUGGACGGAUCUUGAUGCUUCUCCUCUUGGCUCCCCUGGGUGUGGCAAAGACUACAGACCCUUUGACAGAUUUGGAAAACAUUGCUGGGAAGUUGGUUUUCUAUCAGAUUGAAGGGAAUGCCACCUAUGUUAGAGACACAGGAGAACUGGCCUCUGAAGUUCCCACAGAGACCAUGUUUGAACUCUACGAUCCCCAAAAGAAUUUCAGCACAGCAAAGUUCACCUAUACGUGGGACUUGGGGAACGGAGAGGUGAUCCAGGGGACUGAGCCGGUUGUCCGGUAUCAUUACGCUAAUUCAGGGAACUACACACUGCGGCUGAAAGUAGGAGUCAAUGUGACCAAAUAUACACCUGCAAUCACUGGGGACUACUCCAUGGAUGUUAAAGUGCUGGAUGCCAUCAAACACAUCGAGCUGAAGGGGCCUUCAGAUUAUGAGAUGUCUCAAAACAGCAGUUUGGCUAUUCAUGUCGAUGGAAGUCCUCCCAUGUGGGUGUGCUGGCGUAUCCUGCCCAACUGCAAGCCGGACAGGACGGGGGGCUGCACACUGACCAUGCUGUAUGAAAACACCCUGCGACUGAACCACACCUUCACCUCUGCGGGUGUCCACUGCCUGGACAUCAGCGUCCGCAAUGACAUCAGCAAGUUUCAGACCUCCCUCAGCCUCUAUGUCAGGAAAAAAAAUAGCAACUCCCACAUGUUCUUCAUCCUGUCCUGUGCUGCCAUUCUUGUCGCAACCUUCUCUUUCAUCACAGUCAUUGCCUGUCGCCCUCGUCAUCAGAGCAGAUCACAGAUUGCACCUUCCGGUAAUGCUCUAUUCCUGAAGAACCAAGACUCUGAUGGUCAAAGCGCUAUUCUUUUUAACUUCUCCACCGCAGACAAAGAAGAGAAAGAGCCACUCCUCAUGCAGUAUGGGACUCAAUACUCCUCUUAAGCCUCACAUUGUGUGUGUUUGGCAGAAGAAAAUGUACAAUUAUGUACAGAGCUACAGAGCAUCCAUGUUGUAGAUGUAUAUAGCUAAAUCGGAUCAUUGCACAACAAAUAGCUUGAUAAGGCAUUUUAAUAAAUCACAUUCACAAUGUAUGAACAGUGCCUUUAUAUGUAUGUACAUGUAUUUAGCCCUGCUAUGCUCAAACCUUUUUAAAUGAAUGAGUUAGUUAUGUAUGUUCAGUAAGCUAGCAGGUCAAGUACUGUCUGUAUUUUCCAUAAUCGAGGUGAUAGUGAUCAAUUAUUGAGUCACAAUGCUUAGGCUGACAUUCAAAUGAACUCAUAAUAAAUUGAUAGCUCAAGUGAAGGUCAUGUUUAAAGAAUGAGUGUUAAUUUAAGCUUGCUGAGAAUGGAUCA